AAUGUCCUUAUUUUGGAGCUCGCGCCGCCCGCCGCCCGCCGCCGCGCCCGAACGCAGCCAUCGAUUCCCCAUUUCUUUCCCGCCUCCUCACUCCCGCCUCUUCUACUCCCAAAAUCCCAAAACCCUAGCUCGCUAACGACCCCAGGCAGACGCGCCGUCCUCCCCUCCCCCAUGGCGCUCAAGCAGAAGGACACCGACGCCGCCGCCACCGCCACCGGUACCAAGAAGCGCCGCCGCGUCUUCUUCUCCGACACCGAUGCUGGUGUUGAGGCAAAUGAGUGUAUGAAAGUGUUUCUAGUAUGGAAUCCAGGCGAGGUGAGCUCUGUAGACUGCACUGCUAUUCAGCCAUUUGACCUAAACCAUUUUUUUGGUGAAGAUGGAAAAAUAUAUGGUUACAAAAAUCUUAAGAUAAAUGUGUGGAUAAGUGCGAAAUCUUUCCAUGGAUAUGCUGAUGUUUCAUUUGACGAAACAUCUGAUGGAGGGAAAGGAAUAACAGAUCUAAAGCCUGUUCUUCAGAACAUUUUUGGAGAAAACUUGGUAGAAAAAGAGGAAUUCCUGCAUACAUUUUCGAAGGAAUGUGAAUAUAUCAGAACUGCAGUGACAAAUGGUAGUGCCAUUAAGCAUGAUGGCUCAUAUGAAUCAGAUCCUGCAGUUGAGAUUGUUCGAGUUGAACUCCAAGGUGCUGCUGCAUUUCUUUAUUCUCGUCUGGUACCUCUUGUUCUUCUUCUGGUUGAAGGUUCCACGCCUAUAGAUAUUGGAGAACAUGGAUGGGAAAUGCUUCUGGUAGUAAAGAAGGCAACACAAGAGGCUGGUUCAAAAUUUGAACUGCUAGGUUUUGCAGCUGUGCAUAACUUCUAUCAUUAUCCUGAGAGUAUUCGCUUACGAAUCAGCCAGAUACUUGUGUUGCCACCUUAUCAGGGUGAAGGCCAUGGUCUUGGUCUUCUUGAAGCAAUCAAUUAUAUUGCACAGUCUGAGAACAUUUACGAUGUUACAAUAGAAAGCCCUUCUGAUUACCUGCAGUAUGUGCGAUCAUCCAUUGACUGCCUCCGUUUGCUCAUGUUUGAUCCGAUCAAACCUGCACUCGGUGCUAUUGUCUUGUCUCUGAAGGAGACCAACCUGUCAAAAAGGGCCCAAAGUUUGAGAAUGGUUCCACCAGCUGACCUGAUGGAGACUGUCCGUCAGAAGCUGAAGAUAAACAAGAAACAGUUCCUCCGGUGCUGGGAAAUUCUGAUCUUCCUAAGCCUCGACUCUCAGGAUCAUAAGAGCAUGGACAACUUCAGGGCCUGCAUAUAUGACCGCAUGAAGGGGGAGAUCCUUGGCAGUGCCUCUGGAACUAACAGGAAGCGUCUGUUGCAGAUGCCAACCAGUUUCAAUAAGGAGGCAUCUUUUGCUGUGUAUUGGACACAGGAGAUUGAGGAUGAGGAUGAACAAACUGUUGAGCAGCAGCCAGAGGAUCUCAAGACGCAGGAGCAACAGCUCAAUGAGCUCGUGGACAUCCAAAUCGAGGAGAUUGCUGGGGUCGCCAAGAACGUCACUUCACGUUGCAAGGAUAAGAUGACAGAGCUGGUGGUUCAAUGAAUCUGGGGCUAGUUGAUCGAGGUCGGGACUCGAUGUCAACGAGAGCAUGGUUGAACUCAUGGAGUUCGGAUAGAUUCAAGGAUGGAAAGCUCCAUGCUUGAUGGCGGCACAUUGAACCUCAAGGGCGCGCAGCAUGGCAGCCAGGCGCCAGGGCCUUUCGGUGCUUUUUCGUUCUUCAAAUCCAUAGGCUAUAUAAAACAUAAUACUCCCUCUAUUUAUAAAUAUAUGACACCGUUAAUUUUUUCAAAAAGAUUUGAUCACUCACCUUAAUUUUAAAAAAUAAUGAGCUAUCAUUUAUUUGAAUUUUAUAUUUUAAAUAAAUAUUUUGAAUAAAAUAAAGUUUUUGAAAAAAGUCAACGGUGUCAUAUAUUUGUUGGAGGUGUAUAUAGUCUAUUGUUGGAGGUUUAGAGGAGAUCGUCCUCCAUUGAUGGCGUUUGGUUCAGCAAACACGGUGGUAACGAUAACGUAAAGAAAAAACAACGCUAUUUGUUACAAUGUAAUGAUUAACCGAUUUUGUUUGGAUGGGUCAAGUAACGCAAUGAUGUUCCUUUACA